AUGUCAUUCUUCGAUUUCUCAAAACCGAAGAUGUUCGACGUUAAAAAACGCAUUGGAGCAUUUGAGAAACUCGAAGACGGCGAUAGUAUGCCAGAGUCAUGGGUUGAGCUGGCGCCGAGUCGAACAAGUUUGUGUAGCAGUGUUGACGCAUCGAUGGUAUUAGUGGAUGAGCAUAAAGACAAAGAUUCGAGGCUGAGUCCGGUGUCUGUGCAGUCUCCGCAUGUCGAGUUUGACAACCUCGAGCAGGUCAAAUACAGACUUGUGAGAGAUAUGCUGCCUCCUGGCAAAAACAGUGAUUGGAUAUGGGAUUGGAGCAGCAGACCAGAGGCAUAUCCGCCAAGGUCUGUUUUUGAUAUCCUUUGA